AUGGAAAUUGAGGUCCCCAGUGUUGACAUGGCGAGGGAAGGAAACUGUGUAGAGAAUCGGUUCAGCCUAACGGAAUGUCCCCAGACUUUAAGAAAUGGUGAGGUCAAUCAUGAGCAUAGUGGGUUGAACAAUGAAGCACCCGCACAUUCAAUUGACCAUAUCGAGGCUGCAGCAUCCGUUGAGCACUUAGAGAACUUGUUACAUGGUACGAAUAAUGCUAUUAUUGCUGAAAUUGACCAACCUGUGUCAUCACAUUCCAUGAGUUUAGGCACAGAUGAGUGGAUGGCAGCCGUCGUUCUCGUCGAAAAGCAAAUAUUCUUUAGCAAGAAACAAUUGUACUCAAAAAUUCGUGUGCUUGCUUUGCAAGAGAAGUUUCAAUUUCGGGUGAGUAGGUCAAGCAUGAAAAUGUUAACCGUUGUAUGUGUGGAUGAUAAUUGCAAGUGGAUGCUACGUGCUUCUACUGUCAAGCAAUCUGCAAUCUUCAUGAUCCGUAAAUUCAUCAACGUGCACACAUGUUCCCUUGAUUUUCGUCGUAACGCACAUCGACAUGUCACUAGUUCUGUAAUUGCCGAGCAUAUUGUAGGCAAACUGGAUACUCCAGGUCGAUCGUAUGACCCUACCGCUAUUGCACGUGAUAUGGAACGUGAGUUCGGUGUGAAAAUCAGUUACAACAAAGCUCGUAGGGAAAAGCUUCAUGCCUUAACUAUGCUACACGGUACACUGAAAGCCAGUUUUCAGAAAUUGUCUUCAUACUGCCACGUCGUAGGAGAGAGUAACCCAGGGACAGUAACCCACAUAGAACUCGAUUCUCAAAAUAGAUUUCAUUACUUCUUCCUAGCUUUCGGUGCAAGCAUUCGUGGUUACACGCAGUACUUGAGACCCGUUAUUUGUGUUGAUGGCAGUCAUCUGAAGGGUCCAUACAAAGGAACACUUCUACUGGCAACUGCUCAAGAUGGUAACAAACAGAUAUAUCCGUUAGCAUGGGGGAUCGUGGAUGCUGAAACCAAUAAAUCCUAG